CAUUGACACUACGAAUGCCUGCAUUGGUCAAAAAUAGUUUACGGAAUUCUUCCUGCAAGUGUUGUUGUUUUUAAAUGCGAAAACGUCAUUCCGGCGCCAGGUUAACUUUUUAUGUUUGUUUAGUUAUGUUCUAUCUUUGAAAACCGCUGGCAAGGUGUGGUUUUAACGUUUACUUCGCCUUUUCCCUACUCAGUAGGUCAGUCAGUCAGCUAUAGCUUGCUAGCUUGCAGCUAGCCGUACAAGCUGGCAGUAAUGGCUGCCGUUAUUCUAAGUUUCCCGACUGUGCAAGGUCUAAGGAUAUUCACACGAAAUUUGUUAUGGACCAAAAGAGGAGUGAGACUUGUUUCAGGAGAUGUGGGGCGGAUAGAGAAGGUGCUCAUCGCCAAUCGAGGGGAGAUCGCUUGCCGUGUGAUGCGCACGGCCAAGAAAAUGGGUGUCCGCUCUGUGGCUGUAUACAGUGAUGCUGACAGACACUCCAUGCAUGUUGCCAUGGCAGAUGAAGCCUACCACAUUGGCCCACCAGCCUCCCAGCAGAGUUACCUGUGCAUGGAAAAAGUUUUGGAUGUGGCGAAGAAGUCUGGCUCGCAUGCAGUCCACCCUGGGUAUGGGUUUCUGUCAGAAAAUACAGAGUUUGCAGAGGCUUGUAAACAGAACGGAAUCAUCUUCAUUGGACCACCAUCCUCUGCCAUCCGGGACAUGGGCAUUAAAAGCACAUCCAAACACAUCAUGUCAGCUGCUGGGGUGCCAAUCAUUGGAGGUUACCAUGGGGAUGACCAGUCAAAUGAGAGACUGCAAGCAGAGGCUGCAAAGAUUGGCUACCCUGUGAUGAUAAAGGCGGUUCGUGGAGGAGGAGGCAAGGGCAUGCGCAUUGCACAGUCCGACUCUGACUUCUUGGAGCAGCUGGAGUCUGCAAGACGUGAGGCCAGAAAAUCUUUCAAUGAUGAUGUCAUGCUGAUUGAGAAGUUUGUAGAGGAUCCCAGACAUGUGGAGGUUCAGGUGUUUGGGGACAUGCACGGUAAUGCUGUCUACCUAUUUGAGAGAGACUGCAGUGUCCAGAGGAGGCAUCAGAAGAUCAUAGAGGAAGCACCAGGACCUGGCAUCAGUGCAGACGUUAGGAGGAAACUGGGAGAAGCAGCCGUAAGAGCAGCUAAGGCUGUCAACUAUGUAGGAGCAGGUACAGUUGAGUUCAUCAUGGAUGCCCAGCAUAACUUCUACUUCAUGGAGAUGAACACCAGGCUGCAGGUGGAACAUCCAGUCUCUGAGAUGAUAACUGGAACAGACCUAGUGGAGUGGCAGCUCAGGGUGGCAGCAGGGGAGCGCCUACCUCUCCUUCAAAAUGACAUUGUCUUAGACGGUCACUCCUUUGAGGCCCGUAUUUAUGCAGAGGAUCCAAACAAUGACUUCCUCCCAGGGGCGGGGCCUCUGCUACAUCUCUCCACGCCUCCGCCAGACCGGCACACUCGCAUCGAGACUGGAGUCAGAGAAGGGGACGAGGUGUCUGCUCAUUAUGAUCCAAUGAUAGCUAAGCUUGUGGUGUGGGGGGAGGACCGGUCUGCUGCCUUAAAAAAGCUUCGCUACUGCUUAAGGCAGUACAACAUUGUGGGGCUGAACACCAACAUUGAUUUCCUGUUGAGUCUCUCCGGUCACCCAGAGUUUGAGGCGGGAAACGUGAGCACCAGCUUCAUUCCUCAGCACUAUGCAGAUCUCUUUCCCACGCCGAGAGCUCCCUCCGGGGCAACAGUCUGUCAGGCUGCCCUGGGCCUGGUACUUGAAGAGAGGAGGCACACUAAGGACUUCACACAGACCUCCACAGAUCCUUUCUCUCCAUUUAGCUCCAGUCGUGGCUGGAGGCUGAACACACACUUCCACAGAACCAUGACGCUGCAACUGGGAGACAAGAAGGUUGAUGUGGUUGUCACAUAUAACAAAGAUGGAAGCUACACAAUGCAGCUGGACAAGGAGGUGUUCCACGUGGCGGGGGAGGUGGAGAUGGAGGGCGGAGCUUCGUUUCUCCAUUGUUCUGUUAAUGGCGUGAAGUCUCGGCCCAAACUGGUGAUCCUGGACAACACAGUUCAUCUGUUCUCCACGGAGGGCAGCUCGGAGGUGUCUGUUCCAGUUCCAAAAUAUCUGGCCGGUGUGAGCAGCUCUGGCACUCAGGGUGGUGCUGUGGCACCCAUGACUGGGACCAUUGAGAAGGUGCUUGUGAAGGCUGGUGACAAAGUGAAUGUUGGGGAUCCGCUGAUGGUCAUGAUUGCCAUGAAGAUGGAGCACACCAUCCGUGCCCCCAAGACAGGUGUGAUCAGGAAGGUGUUCUUCAGUGAGGGCUCUCAGGCCGAUCGUCACGCUCCAUUGGUGGAACUGGAGGAGGAGAACGGGGAGGGUGGCCAGUAGAGCAUGCAGAGGCUAGUAAACUAGUUGUCGAAGCUGAAAGUCUGUUGGAGGGAGAGUCAGGCUCAGUCUGAGUUGAACAAUUAUGCACUCAAACCCAACUCGAAAGAAAUAAAAAGAGCUAAAAAGCCUGACAUCAUCAAAACAGACAGUGGCCUUUUACACUCUGCCUAUAUCAUUGUGUCAUCUUGGAGGAUUUGUAACUUGCUGUAAAAACGGAGUCUGGCUUCUCUAACUGUGGUGCCACUCUGUCUCGAUCAAGACUGCUUCCUGUCAGGGACACUGAAGAUCAUCCACGUAAUGUCUCUGACUGCAAGCAAGAAACGACGAGAGCAGUUGCUGAACUUGUACAAUAAUAGAAACGGUUACUGACGAGCGAGGGGCGAAUUUCUCAAUUAUGUUCUGCAAAGUGACAGCCCACAUGUUGGUAUUAACACAUUUUCUUUGAUUUGUCCAAAUGAGAGACGUCUAUUAAAUACAGCUUGUAUUGUUCAUGAAAUGUAUUUUUAAAAGUCAGCUCUUUAGGGAAUGAACAAGACUUUUUUUUUGGUUGUUUAGCCACUAUUUGUGAAUGCUUGUGUAGGCGCCAUGAAAAUGUGUUCUGAUUCUAAAAGAAGGCGUCUGCAUUAGUGAAUCAAUAUAAAUCCUUUCAGAUGACACCGAGAGAAAAAAAAAAACACUCCAGAAUUUCAAGGUUGAAAGGUCAGAAUCACCACUGCUUUGUAGGUUUCGUACUUGUCUGAUGGACGAUUAAGAGCAAAGUCUAAUAAUAGUAUAAUCUGUUAAUAAAUGACUCACAUGCUAAGCUUGUGUUG